CGACGUGCCUCGCUUUUCCACAUCGUUUCAUUGUUGAGGACGGGGGAGAGAUAACUGGGGAGGAAUGUGGUUCUCUAAGACCUGCUCUCUCACUCUCUGUUUUCCUUUCCUUCUCGUUCAGAUCAUGUUUCACUCCUUUGGCGACAAACAAGGGCCCCAGCACGGGAUGCUGAUCAAUACUCCCUACGUCACCAAGGACCUGCUGCAGGCCAAGCGAUUCCAGGCCCAGUCCCUGGGGACCACCUACAUCUAUGACUUCCCGGAAAUGUUCAGGCAGGCUCUCUUUAAACUGUGGGGCUCCCCAGACAAGUACCCCAAAGACAUCCUGGUGUUCACUGAGUUAGUGCUGGACUCCCAGGGCCAGCUGGUGGAGAUGAACCGGCUCCCUGGUGGAAACGAGGUAGGCAUGGUGGCCUUCAAAAUGAGGCUGAAGACCCAAGAGUAUCCAGAAGGGCGGGAUGUGAUUGUCAUCGGCAACGACAUCACCUUCCGCAUCGGAUCCUUCGGCCCAGGGGAGGACCUUCUGUACCUACGGGCGUCCGAGAUGGCCCGGGCAGAGGGCAUCCCCAAAAUCUACCUGGCAGCCAACAGUGGGGCCCGCAUCGGCAUGGCAGAGGAGAUCAAACACAUGUUCCAGGUGGCCUGGGUGGACCCAGAAGACCCCCAGAAAGGAUUUAAGUACCUGUACUUGACCCCCCAAGACUACACCAGAAUCAGCUCCCUGAACUCCGUCCACUGUAAACACAUCGAGGAAGGAGGGGAAUCCAGAUACGUCAUCACGGAUGUCAUUGGGAAGGACGAUGGCUUGGGUGUGGAGAAUCUCAGGGGCUCGGGCACCAUCGCUGGGGAGUCCUCCCUGGCUUACGAAGAGGUCGUCACUAUUAGCUUGGUGAGUCCCCUCCUAGUUCCUUUUCUUUUUUGACUCUCCAUUACAGAGACUUUCAAAUAGUCCCAAUAGAGAGGAUCGGUGACGGGCGCCACGUGCCCAUCGCGAAGCUCCCCUGGUCAUCCGUAGCAGCCCUUCCUGUGUCCUUCCUGUGUCUUCUGU